UUGUCACGCCAUUUGCGUGAACCCAAAUCGUUUGAUAUUUUUCUUUUCCGUUGGCGAAUCGCCGUGAAUCGGAAGCCCAUGGACGAGGGACAAUCAUCGGCAAAGGAAGCCACGGAUCCAUCGAAAGUUCGGCGGGGACAAAGCCAAUCCCGGAUUACUCAGCGGCCAUGCGGGGUACGUCCGUUUCGGGAGGUUAGGGCACAGGGCUUGGGAGGAGAACAGCCCCAGACCCUACUUUCCCAAAAGAGACACGGCUGACGCGUGGUCUGUCCGGAGGAAGACAGUCGGAAGCAGAGCAUCUCCGGUGGAUUAACUACGCAAGAAAAACGAUUGGGUUUAAGCGCAUCAGUCUUAUCGGCGCUGCCAUGAUCGCCUCGUUUAGUUCCUCAAGUCGCCGGUCCUGAUCUCCCUAGAGGCUACGUCCGUCGGAGCUGCUCCUGGUCUCCGCAGGGUCCUCCGCAACUAUGUACCAUCUGGCCAAGUCUCUAUAUAUGCAGGCCACCAGCAAAGAAGAAUACUCUGUUCUUCUGCUCGGUCUCGACAACGCUGGCAAGACAACGCUCCUCUCGCAGAUCAAAGCUCUCUUCCAACCCCGUCCCGAUGGCGCUCCUGCUCCGAACCCCGGUAAGACCGUGCCCACGGUUGGCCAGAACGUGACGACAAUCUCUCUGCCCGACAUGUACCUGAAGGUGUGGGACGUGGGUGGGCAAAUAACGAUGCGGAACCUGUGGCAAAGCUACUACUCCAGCUGUCACGCGAUCGUGUUCGUUGUCGACAGCACCGACGUCGGUCAAGACCCCGACGUCACCCGUCUGCCUGCGUCUUCGAAUCGACGACCCAGCUCGGUAUCAGGACAGUCGGGAAGCGGCGCCGACGCCUUCACGGAGGAGAUGGUGGGCAUUGAUGCGCCGGGGAGCGAUUUCGGUCGGCUGGACGAGUGCCGUCAAGUGCUGGAGUCCGUCUUACAGCACACCGACGUGGCAGGGGUGCCUAUCCUGGUGCUGGCGAAUAAGCAAGACCGCGAGGAUUCGGUGGAGGUGGUUCGCAUCAAGGAAGGGUUUGUGCGCAAGGUCUUCGAAGGGGAUACGGGGACUGCGCUGCGUGAUAGCCGCGUGUUGCCGGUUAGUGCACUGCUCGGGUCUGGAGUCCAGGAGGCUGUCGAAUGGGUGCAGACUCGAGUCCGGUGGAAUAAAGAGGCUAGACCUCCACUGAUGAGGUGAUGGGCCCCGUUUCAUUGCGGGCCUCAGACACGAUGGCGGGAGUAGUCCUUGUUGAUCCGUGUUCCUGAGGGAGUAUCUCAUUUUGGGCGCUGGGGGGUUAUUUUGCUUUUGCUUAAUGGAUGCGAUGAUACCUAUGCUUUGCUCUGCGUUUUACCUGUUCAUAUUUCUGAUUCUAUAGAUAAUUUUGACACUGGCACCUAUGGAUGUUC